CCCUCAGGACACCUCAAGCUCGCGCAUCUGAAUACCUUUUCGUUGCCCACUACGAAUCCCUCCCCCACUCGCUCAGCUGAUCAGUGUUUACAAGAACGCUGUUGCGAUGGGAUCUGUACGCUCCGCCUCGUCCUUCUUGCGAAGUGGGCUCUUUAAGAAAUAUUAUGGGUCGUCUCCUUUGGCUGCUUCAUGUCGUGUACUGAGACAGGUUCGAGGUUGUGCCUCGUUGUCGGACCGAUGGGUGAUUAAGUCUCCGUUCAAUGAUGUGGAGAUUCCAGAGAUUUCAUACCCGCAAUAUAUUUUCGACGCCGCCAAGAAGAACGAGCAAAAGACUGCUUGGCAGGUUGCACCAGCAGAACUAGAAGACCUGUUAAGAGACCACCCAGACAUAACUGAUGUAGCAGUCAUUGGUAUCCCAGAUGAAAGAGCAGGAGAAGUACCACGUGCUUAUGUAGUGCUGUCACAAAAUUCUACCAAGACAGAAGAGGAGAUUGCACAGUAUGUUGAAGAAAAUGUGGCACCACAUAAGAAACUGGCAGGUGGUGUUAUUUUUAUCAAUGAGAUACCCAAGCUGGCAACAGGAAAAAUCCUUAGACGAAAACUAAAGGAAACAGCACUUGAAGAGAUGAAGAUGACAUCGUGAUCUGGGACUCAUUAGCCGUCUUCCAAAUGCUGAUAAAAAAGUACAAGGAGUUGUUUUUAGUUUGGCUUAAAGCACAAUGUUUUGUAUUUUUUAAAUUUAUUUUAUUUAUUUUAUUUCUAUUAUUAUAAUUAUUAUUAUUAUAUAUAUAUAUAUUUUUUAUGAAAUUGUAUCCCAUUCUGUACCAGUUGAUAGCACAAAAGUAUUCCAUCUUUUGCCAUCUCAUUAUGCAUAAACAGUUGUACUUUAAUGUUAUUCCUCUUUUAUGUUUUAACACUUUAGUUUUGCAGCUCAAGAUGAUAUUAUGGAAAUAUAUAUAUUAACUUCAGCUGCAUAUACCAAGCAAGAAAAUAUUUUUACAGUGAAACUGUAACACACUAAAACUGAACUAACCAUUUUAAUGUUUAUUCCAUGUGUGUUAAUUUGUCACUAUAUUUUGGAAGAUUGUCAUCAGUUGUUUGGUUUGUUUUAUUGCUAUUUUUUAACAAAUUUUAUGAGUCUUAAGUUCUAACGAUAUUUUACCUUGGUAAAAGUUUAUGGAUAAUCUGGCUGUUGUUGUUGUUUUUUUAACAUGAAUUAUUUUGGAAAGAAGUCUCUUAUGUAAAUUGUGAAUUGGAACAGUACCUUCUAGAUUUUAUAAAUAACUAUCCUUAGCAAUAUUGUCAUAUGCAGAUUUUGUUGUUGUUACUCUAAAUUUGGUGCUUGCAAUGACAGCUGAUGUUCCAUAUUUGGUAGUUUUAUAGAUUCUAUUUUUUUAGUAAAUAUAUGUAAAUUCUGUAAGGAAGGGUACUUUUAAUGCUAAACAAAUAAUAAAUCUCUUGAAAUCUGUUUCCUGUAUGCUUUUUGUCUGUUUUGAAUACCAAGACAGUAAAAAAAAAAAAUACUUCAUUAACCUCAUUUUAGUAAAAAUAAAAAAAAAAAUCUUUUUGAACUUAAGGAAAUUCAAACUUGAAAUUCAUCUAAUGCUCAUAAUUCUUUGCUUUGCAUAUUAUUAUGCAUGACUGUUAAAAAUACUGAUCAGAUAUGCCACAUUCCCAUAAUGUGUCUGUUAAUUUCUCCAUGCACAGGCAUGCAGGCACACAUGCAUCCACACACACACACACACACACACACACACACACACACACACACACACACACACACACACACACACACACACACA